AUGUCUGCCGAAAGACAGCUGCCAGGUCUCCCUGGGGACAUUUACCCGUUGUACCCACUCGACAGCAAUAAGACCAACCACUGUUUCGUAUCCUGGUUGAUGAGAUUUAAUGAUGUUCUUGACCCUAAACAAUUGAAUAAUGCUUUGUUAAAGCUAUUGGGAAUUGGGGAUUGGAAGAAACUCGGCGGUCGACUGCGAUUCAAGGACAACGGGAAUCUAGAAGUCUAUGUCCCGAAUACCUCAGGGGAAGAUUCAAGAAAGACUUUCUUCACCCAUCAGACUUUCGAUGUGGAUAUUCAGAACCACCCAGUGGCUUGUCAAUUCCCAACAAACACUACCGGUCCAUCAAUCCAACCAAUCUCUGAAGACUUCAAGCCAUUUGUUACACGGCAAAGCUUCCCGACCUUCCAACAGCUAGUGCAGGAGAAACUGCCAUUAAUAUCUCUCCAUAUAUCCUCUUUCCGAGAUGCAACCCUCGUAUCUCUGGUCUGGCCCCACGCGUUGAUGGACGCAUUUGGGGGCCAGGCUCUCCUCGCUGCCUGGUCAUCGGUAUUAGCUGGGCGAGAAGAAGAUAUUCCUACUAUCAGCGGUGCACGGAAGGAUCCCCUUCGCGAAGCAGUCUUAUCGAAUUCUGAGAGCUGGGAAGAGCUGAAGCUUGAAGAAAGGCGCCUAAAAGGAAUGGGUCUUUUCAAGUUCUUAGCCCGGUACUUGUGGAACAAUACAUGGGACGCACCUCGAGAAAGGCGUGUUAUUUUUCUUCCGAAGAUCUCCUUGGACAGGAUGAAGAAUCUUGCGAAGGAACAGAUUCGCGAUACAUCUUCAAGUCGUGAUUCUGGAGUGUUCUUUAGUAGCGGGGAUGCACUUAUCGCGUGGGUAACGCAAGCAGUGUCAUUGUCAGAACCGACACCCCGUCCAAUUACUAUUCUGAGUCUCUUAAACGCCCGCUUUCGACUUCCAGAGUUUAUCAACUCAACGGGUGUUUUUCUUCAAAAUCUAACACUGGGAACCUAUACAUUUCUCUCGUCGCAAGAAGCAAGAGGGCCGAUUGGACCCAUUGCACUUAGUCACCGCCAACACUUUAAUGAACAAGCCGCAGAGAAGCAGGUUCGUGCUUUUAUGAGAACCGGCUACCAAGAUAUCGACGCGGGUAGAGAACCCGGGGUGCUCUUCGGAGAGGCGAACGCUUUGCCGAUAGUUCUCAACAACAUGGUCAAGGCAGACUUGAUACAAACUGUCGACUUUGGGGCUGCUGUCGUGCGCCAGGGAGAUCGUUCAAAAAACAGAACGAAUCCGCUAGGGACGAUGCUCAUGUACUAUUAUGAAAAUGUGGGCGAGCCGUACAAAGGAUUCAACCUUUUCACAAUGCUCGGUCAAGACCACGUUGGUAAUCACUGGCUUAUGGGGACUCUUCUACCGCGGGCAUGGGAUAAGAUAAUAGAGGAGCUUGGAAGCCUUUAA